UGGAAGCAAGGGCUCAAUUUUAACAGAAUCCACCUUAAAAUCUCCCCCUUAACUUAUGCCCACCUUCCGCUACAUUGAGUGAGAAUAUCAGGGGACAAGAAAAAAAGACGCCACUGGAAAAUUCGGGUGUUAAUAGGACAAUAUCUGUUCGCGGUGGAGAGGAGAGAGAGACAACAGCACAGCGAGAGAGAGAAAACCGAUUUGGACUUGAGAGAGAGGGGGGUGAGUGCUCUCAAGGCAGAAAAUUUGAUGAUGACCAUGACUACCAUGGCUGACGGUCUGGAGGCUCAGGACUCGUCCAAGUCUGCUUUCAUGGAGUUUGGGCAGCAGUCGCACUCACAGCAGAGCUCCCCGUCGAUGGCCGCCGGCCACUACCCGCUGCACUGUCUCCACUCCGGCUCACAUCCUCACCACCAGCACGACAACCCCCCGUACCCCGGGACCAACUCCUACAACAGGUCGUUACCUUACUCCUAUGUGAGCCAUCCGCACCACAGCCCAUACCUGCCAUCCUAUCACAACAACACGGGCGGACAGACGAGGUUAGACGGCACAGAGCAGCAGAAAACGACAGUGAUUGAAAAUGGGGAAAUUCGUUUCAAUGGGAAAGGCAAGAAGAUUCGCAAACCUCGGACAAUUUAUUCCAGUUUGCAGCUUCAAGCACUGAACCACCGUUUCCAGCAAACACAGUACCUCGCGUUACCGGAGCGCGCCGAGCUGGCUGCCUCUCUAGGACUGACACAAACACAGGUAAAGAUAUGGUUCCAGAAUAAAAGGUCAAAGUUCAAGAAGCUGCUGAAGCAAGGCAGCAACCCGCACGAGAGCGACCCUAUGCCCGGCUCCAUCGCCCUCUCCCCGCGCUCCCCGACCAUUCCUCCUAUUUGGGACGUCUCGGCCUCUUCCAAAGGAGUAAACAUGCCGGCCAACAGCUACAUGCCCGGUUACUCUCACUGGUACUCGUCCCCACAUCAAGAUUCAAUGCAGAGAUAGACUGGCAAGGCUGGAGGUCAGUGAGCUGUCUGGAGGCCUCCGGAUCUCCGCCAGUUUCCCCUCGUACGUUUAACUUGUGUCAUCCCAGAGACUGGAUCUCGAGGAGAAACCCCUCUGCUGCUCCUCUGGUGAAGGAUAAAUGCGGCCAGGCCUCGGUGAGAUGACAAACAAGGGAACUAACCAUUGUAACGUACAUGACUGUUCAGUGGGCUCGCAUUUGUUAUGCUUUCAUUCAUGUCAACAUCUGAACGUCAAUAUACCAAAUAUAUCAGUGACAUUUUAGCCAGUUUGGGCAAGGACUGCAUACCCUCUCCACGCGCUGUGGCGCACAGAACCUUUUGCCUUGGUUAAUUGAAGG